CUCUUGUGUUUAGUUUCUUGCAGUGUCGGUAAAGCUACUCCGGAGCAAACUGACCAACGUAUUAUGUUUUACGUGUUCGGAUCAGAUAACAUCUACAUCAUAGAUCCAAAGAGCAAAGAAAUUUCGUCUACAAUCGGUCCUGAUGGUGUUUGUACCAAAUCAAACAACAGGUAUUCCAGGUGAGCGUUCUUAAACAACAGUGUUUGCCGAAAUUUUCACAUGCCUCGCCAAAAAUAUGGCUGAUUACAAUGUGAAUUGUAACUCUGUUGUUGUUGUUUUUUUUUUAUCAGGAAUAAAUGUUCCUUCGGUAAGAAUACAGUGGUGAGAGACGAACUUAUCUUCUUCAGCGACAUGCCUGGGAAUCGAGUUCACGUUAUUGAUGUACAGCAGCAGAAGGUAUUAAAUGGCUUCCCACACUAACUCGAAGUAGUUUUUGUUUCCCCUCAGAUCAUUUCUAUAUAGUUUUACCCUCGAUAACUCGAACCAUGUUUUGAGUCCUUAAAAAUUCGGGAACAAAAAAACAGCCUACUUUGAAUUUCCCAUGUUGACGCGGACUGGUAGGCGUAUAGUUUACUAGUGGAGGCUGAUGUUGUUUUUUACAAAUCUAACGUGAAACAGCUUUACUUCUCAAAACAGUAAAACGCAUGCUCUAUUUAGGCAACAUUUUGUUAGGUUACGUUAUGAUUUAUUAUGUAGAAGUAUCUUUCAAUUUUCACUUCAAUUCAAAUUCAAAGUAGACAGACUGCAAAUUAUAGUAGUUGCGAAAAAAUAUAUCUACGUGUCCCAACUGUUCAUCAGUAGGAUGCCUAAAAUGCGUGCAAUUCUACAAUUGGUUUCGGCUCCAUUAAAUCCUAUACCAAUUGCAGAACAUUUUAAGAGGAGCCACCCACCGUGUGAGCACAGUCGCGGACAACACAUAUAAGUGACGAAAAUAACGCAAAGCAAAACUAAGAGGUUAUUAAACGAACGAAAUGUACACGCAACUUAACGUUUCUACAAUUAUAAACUGUGAUUAAAAUGUUCACUGUGCAGUAAAAACUGUUUUUUUUUUUCCUUACUCCCGGCUAUUUUCUUCGAACUCCCGAUAACUCGAACUUUUUUCGAUUUCGCUUGAAGGUUCGAGUUAUCGGGAGUCGACUGUAAUUUGUUUAUCCACGAACUUAGUAGUUCUUGACACUCGUUGAAAGGUGUCCGUGCGUUCCAGAUCGAAUUAGAAUUCGGAGGUGUUGGUUGGUUAUUGAGUACCCGGAGAAAAACCUCUUCUUAGCAACGGAGAGAACCAACAAAGCUGAGAUAGAGGAUGCCGGGUUCCUUACGUCCUCCCUACUCGCUCCCACUUUAUUGAAACAAAAGCCUAUUAUACCUUACUAAAGGUUAUUCACCGCGACGUUGUGGGAAAAAGAUGUUGUCUUUUGGUUCCAAACUAAGCAAUGUGAGCUGAAAAAUUGGAUAGAGGAAGCGAAGCGCUAGUGGUAGAUUAUUUUUGUUUCUGCGGCAAAAGCGAGCGAGAGAGCGAAAGCUGGGGCCAACUACCGGAACCGGAAAUGAGAGGCGAAGGACUUAGAGGAAGUCUAGGUUCCAUUGGUUCCAUAUAGCCUAACGGUAUAUCUUAGCACUUCAUGAAUUCAUUGCCGUUUGCUGGCGUUAUCAGUCACAAAAUAUACUCAGGAAGAAGAAAUCCGUGAGUUAACCGUGCCUUUGUUGCAGUCCGUGUGGACAUUCGCGUAACGAUUGUGUGGACCACAACAUUGACCGUGUUUACACAGGUUGCCAUAUAAGUGUGGACGAAGUCUGCAUCUAUUUAUGGUAAAAUACAUAUAAACCGAGUACUCUACUGAGCUCUUUCGAGAAAGUUUUUUGAAAAAGCGUAAAAGUGAACGCGACAAUCCUGCAAGAUAAUCUGUCUAAUCUGGGAUACAAUCAGUGAAUUUAAAAUAAGUCAAAAAAUAUAAAUAAAUAAAUAAACCGCAUCAAACUGGUGUUUGGCAGUCCUCACAGUGACGAUGUUAGAUUGCGUUGUCAAAUUUUUAAUAAAUUUCAACUGGAAACAUUUAAAAAGAACUUUCAAGAUCAAGAAGUUCGUUGGCCCGCUUUGCACAAAAACUCCCCAGGAUCGUUAAAAAACGUUGAGAAAAAACACGCCAGGACACUUAGCCUGGAGCAAGUUCUCCGGGGAGCUCUACUGGCCGCCAGAUCGCCCCGGAGAACUUGCUCGCAGUCUAGGAUACUGAACACACAACUGUAAAAUGACCUUAUAAUUUAAACAUUUACUCCAAAGGUCGUGGAAACAAUCCCAACAGAGGGCUACCCGUAUGAUUUGUACUACCUACAUUGGCUGAAGGAGGUCUGGGUACACACGUGGACCGACUCUACUUUUGACGUCAUUAAUACUGAAGGAAGCCUUCGUAAGACGCACAAAGCUAUCAAGGCGCAUGUACAACCAGGUCAGUACAGAGAACUGGCGUUAUUUUUUGUGUAACCAAUGAGAAACCCCAUCUAAGCUUAAUGUAGCGUACUAUAAAAUUUAACUCAGUUUUCUCGGUGGAUUGCACCUGACGACUGCAUCGAAUUUAGCCUCCCAAAGCAUGGCAACCGUUGUAAGUUCAUCUCGUGAAUUUUACGAAACUGAAAUGGAAUUUUGAACUCCGCCUUUACAAAACGCGGGCUUAGGGUAAUGAGUUUCUUUUGUCCAUUGAAGGUUGUGUAUUUUAGUUCUCGAAACAGCCACAAUUAGAUCAUUUACCUAAACACUGCGCAUUAGAAUCGAGAAAUUAAAGAAAACGAAUCCAAGACCCAAGACGCACGUUUUCCUGCGCGCGAAACUGGCAGCAUUUUUCCUGUUAGCGGCUUGUUACCGGCUUUGUUAUGUUAGCUUCAGUUUUUUAGCGUUUCCCCUUGAAAUCCCUUAGUGCUUUUGUUUUACCUACGCUAUCCACUGACAAAGCUUUUGUCGAACGGCAUACGUUCUUAGGUUGGACACACGGGUACAUGUUCGCUGACCCAGAGGUGAAAGACGGCAAAAUGGGCUAUGUCACUCACUUGUUCAACCCAGGCCUGCACCAAAUCGACCUCAUAGCCAAGGCAUAUAAGGCCUUUGUUAACGUUUCUGACUACAACUGCACCGGAACUUUAAACUUCGUUUACAGCCCCGUGAACAAACACGCCUUCUUUGAUUGCUAUAGAGCCUCAAAGAAGGUUGCUCUGUUGGAGAUGGACCUCACCACUGAUACAAUUGUUCAGAAGUGGAGCAUUGCUGGGGAACCGUAUGUUUCACCCGAUGGCCGCUACGUCGUCGCACUUUACAAAUCCGUCAACGAGUCGGCCAACCUUCUCAUUGCUAGUAAAGUUUAUGUUCUGGUUAUUCCUGGCAAGGACAGUGCUGCCAUUUUGAAUUCCACAUUAGAUAUCGCUGGUGGCGUGAGCGACCUUGUUUAUUAUGAGAAGGUCGAAAAGAAGGGAAGUUUUAUUGCUUACAUCAGCCUUAUUUACAGCGACAAGAUAGCUGUGUUAGAUCUCGACUCUCUCGACUCUGGAAACCGCCAAAUCAGCUACAUUGUGAACGUUGGAAGCGUAUAUUCGGCACCAGGUAUGCACUCAGUGAGUCGACCGUUGGUAGCAUCGGGUCCCUGGCUUGUGACUCCUGCCACUGCUAACCAAUCCCUUGCCAUCAUCAACAUCGCCUCGCAAGAGCUGUAUGGGAUGGUAAAGGGUGUGGUCGGGGCUAGAGGGAUGGUAGCAGCGUACUCACCCAUAGGAGCUGGAAGAAGCUCUUGUGGUUCAAAGGAGAUUGUGAUGUUCACCUUGCUGGAUUGUCUGUACAUAUUGAUGGCCAGCUUCUGA